CAGUUCCCCCAGUUGUGCCCGUACCUCACCAGGAGCUGGAGCAGUUGGUCCUAGCCUGUGCCUUAUCCGUAAACUGCCUGGGUCCCAACUCCCGCUCCCGCCUUCUACACUGGAAAUGGCGCUACUGCUUCUCUUCUGUGGGAGCCUCUGGGCCCCGCUGGUGAGUCCACAGACGCCCUCACCCGUCACCCCCUUGAGAAACUCCGUUUCUUCGGACUUGAGCCCAGUGACCUCCCAAGGACCAGGGAUGAGGACCUUUUCGGAGCGCAUCAGGAGCAAUCAGUCCUUGAGCUCAGCCCUCUCGGAUGCCUCUCUUGGGAUGUCUGUCAGUGUCAGCCCUGGCCCAACUGUAUCCGGGCUGAUGUCCUCUGAGGAAGAUUCUACCAAAAAGCCAUCAGUGCUUCCGGAGGUCACUACUGGAACCAGUGACUCUGCUGUCCCCACAGCGGUGAGCUCUGAGGGAGACCCCACGGUGACAGAUGGAACUGUGACAUUUAACUCUCUGGUAACCUUUGGUGGGACCAGUGAACCCCCUAUCGCCAGUGCAACAAACUCUCUGGAGACCUCCAGUGGGGACAGUGGCCUCCUUGUCACCACGUCAACAAGCUCUCUGGAGACCUCCAGUGGGGACAGUGGCCUCCUGGUCACCAAGACAACAAGCUCUCUGGAGACCUCCAGUGGGGACAGUGGCCUCCUGGUCACCAAUUCAACAAGCUCUCUGGAGACUUCCAAAGGGGACAGUGGACCCCAUAUCACCAAGGCAAAAAGUUCUGUGGACACCUCCACUACAGCCAAUGGAACCUUUGUUAACAUGACAACUAGCUUUCUCGAGACCCCCAGGGGGGCUGGUGGAUCUCCUAAGGCCAUGACAGUCAGCUCCCUGGUGACCUCCAGGGCGGCCAGCAGCCCCUCUGUCUCCAGCACAGAAGCGUCCAUGGGGACCACCCCAAAGCUCUCUACAGAGGCAGACAUGAGGCCCUCUGGAGAACUAGGCAAGAAGCAGAAGAGCAUGCUGCUGGUGCCCAUGCUGGUGGCCCUGCUGGUGGUGACAGUGAUCGUGGCCCUGCUCGUGCUGUGGCGCCAGCGGCAGAAGCGACGCACGGGAGUCCUGACCCUGAGCAGCGGUGGAAAGCACAAUGGGGUGGUGGAUGCCUGGGCCGGGCCGGCGCAUGUCUACGACGAGGAGGCCGUGACCGAAGCCUUGGCAGGGGCCAAGGGUAACAAAGGCUCUGGGGUCCCCGAGACAGACGGGUCUGCCCAACGGCCCACACUCACCACUUUCUUCAGCAGGCGCAGGUCUCAACAGGGCUUGGCAAUGGAGGAGCUGAAGGCCAGGCCGGACCCGGGCCUACAGGGCGAGGAGGAGCCGCUGGUGGGCAGUGAGGAUGAGGGCCCUGCUGUGGGGGACGGGGCAGCCCCUCAGAGCCUGUGAUGACGAGGACCCUCCCGGUUUCCACCACCUUCCUCCAGCUUCGCUCCUGACCACAUCCCCAGCUGGCCCCUCCGGAUUCUUACCCAGUUCCUGCGCCAAGGCGUCCUCCCCAGCACCUGCAUGUGUCCUGGGCCACAGCUCGCUCCUGCUGUUUUCAAAACAGCUACACCCGCCUUCUUCAUGGAGCCCUCCUGUCCCCUCCUCUGGCUUUCUUCACCCUGGCACCCCAUUGCUGAGUCUCCACAAUGCCAACCUUGAUGACCCGUGCUUUCUCCAAGGACCCCAGCGUUUGGGAGGAAGGCGGUGGCAAUCGGAGCCAGCUCCCCAGGAACAAAUUUUGCAAAGUACACGGGAGUCCCGUGAUAGGACACCCUAUCGGGCCAGCGGUGAGGACUCUUGGGAGUAACUUUCUGAGCAUUUCCCUCUGGGCCACCCUGGAACCUGGGCUGGGCGGGUCUGUCUAGCUGUGCUUUGAGGGGGGCCUGCGACCUGCCGAGCCCCAGGAUCCAGGGCUGCCCCACCUCAGGCUGACUGCUGGAGGCUUUGCGUUUCUCCCAGGGGCAGGGAGGAGAGGAGUCCUUGGCCAGGGUGAUUCUCCAGAGGGCUGCCCUGCCGGAGAGAUCACUCCUGGCCUGGGUGUGGUCUCUGUUCCAGAGGUGUCCAUGGGAGUGCAGGCUGCGAAGGUGGGCAGGGGUGCAGAGGGGCUGCCGCAUGCGGGGUACACGGGAUCACUAAGAACACAGGGACCUUCACCUUUGCUCAGAGGGGGCACAGCGCCACAAGCUUGAACUCAGUAGUCUGAUAUUCUAAGAACACAGGCUUAACAAGGCCCCAGUGCUCUGGGGGCUAAGGCAAGAGGGUCAUCCUGAGUUCGAGGCCGGCCUGAACUAUGUAGCAAGACUCUGUCCCCAAGAACAAAACAAAAUAAAGAGACCACAGUGCAGGCUUCUCAGAAAGAAUAUGUGACCCAGCGCGGCUCUUCGUCUCAGCCGCAGCAUCCCCUGUUCAAAGGCUCCUCUCUCCAACACGCAUGCACGCACGCAGGGGCAGGAGGGGGGCUCUGCCCCAGCAGCCGGCACUGGGGGCUGCGGUGCUGACUUCGCCUCCUGCACCUUCAGUCAGUUGGCCCGAGUCUCCUCUUCCAUCCUGGCGUUCCACUCCUUCUCCCAAGCUGGCUGAAGUGAGGAGGAGGUCGGCCAGGAGAGGCUGCCUGAGGCAGACCCAAAGCCCAAGGUGGAUGGUGUUUCCCCAGGGCAGAGGGGAAAUUUGCACACAGGAAGUUGUUGAGUCAGAGGGUGCAGUUGCUGAGACGAAUGACCUACAAAAAAGAGAUGUGGGGACCCUGUGAGCGAGACCAGGGUGGCCCAGGUGGGCCAGUGGAUGCAACGGGAGGAGGGAGGACAGCAGAGACAGGAAGUGUCCACAAAUCCAGGGGCCACUGCAUCUGGCUGUGCCCCUACCACUUGCCUCUUCUCGCAGCCCCUGGUCCCCGAGAUAGCCGAAAACUCAGCCUCUGCUGGCCAGCCUGGCAGAGGCCACGCUGGAGGAUCCUGCUACUUCUCCCCAGAGGUGCUGUUGGGACAAACAGCCUCCCGAUGUGCAAAAACAAAAACAAAAACAAAAACCCGUGGGGAUACAGCGCUGGGGGCUCAGAUUUAUCAAGACAAAUUAUACUCCACUUCCAGGAAAUGCUAUCCCCAAACUGACAAAGGUCAGCUCCCUCUGCUUGGUGGUCAUUUUUUGAAGGGUUACAGGUUUUCUGAAUCCGGAAGGAAGCCGGGGUGGGGAAGGCACCCCAAGAACGAUUUCACAGUCUAGAAAAUGUCAAAUGUUAUGUCUGAGCUUUAGAACAGAAGCACAG